AUGCGGAUUAUUAACGAUGAUGAUGACGUCAAGCUAUCAAAGAUCCUCAUCAGUGAAAGUCAGCGUAUUACUGAGGAGGAAAAAAAACUACGACCCCAGGCACUAGAGACACCACAAGAAACCAUGAUGUUGCUUGCACCGUUGCCCUUCUCGUCCCUAAACCAGUCCGUAGCCCCCGGCUGCCCCAGGAGCAAUACCCAAAUCGUCUCAAACCGCUACUCCUUAACCCGUCAGCCAUGCCCAACUCUUGCCACAACCGCCAUGCCCUACUCACCCCUACCGCAACCUUACCCCUACCCUUACCCCGCCCCUUCGCCCCGCCACCUCUUGCCCCCUCAACCCCUGCCCCUGCCCCUACCCCGCCGCGUGUGGUGGAGCUGGGGGUCGCUGCCUGCCCCUGCGAUCCCUCCCCGUCUCGCCGUGCACUGCGCCGUCGUCGUCGGCUCGCCGUCGCUAUCAGCCGCGCCAUCCCCCUUUCCCAACACAAAAACGCCUAUCAGAUAA